UUGGCAACCGUGCAUUAUGGUGCUAUAUGUGGUUGGUCUAGGCCUCGGCGACGAGCAGGACGUGACGCUGCGUGGUCUGAACGCCAUCAAGAAGUCCAAGAAGGUCUUCCUAGAGAACUACACGUCGGUGUUGGGCGUAGAGCUGGAGAAAUUGGGCGAGUUCUAUGGCCGUGAGGUGAUUCUAGCCGACCGCGACUGCGUCGAGACCGGCGCUGACCAGAUUUUCGCCGAUGCCAAGGACGAUGACGUGGCCUUCUUGGUCGUGGGCGACCCGCUCUGCGCUACGACCCACUCAGAUCUGAUUCUGCGCGCCAAGGAGCUGGAUAUCAAGGUCGAAGUGAUCCACAACGCGUCCGUCAUGGGCGCUGCGGGCUCCUGUGGCCUGCAGCUCUACUCGUUCGGGCAGACCGUGUCUAUCCCCUUCUUCCGGGACGAGUGGCGUCCCGAUAGCUUCUAUGAGAAGAUCCAGUACAAUCGUCGCGGCGGCAUGCACACGCUGUGUCUGCUGGACAUUAAGGUGAAGGAGCCCGACUUUGAGGCCAUGUGCCGCGGCCGCACGGUCUACCUGCCGCCGCGCUUCAUGACGGUGAAUCAGGCUAUUGAACAGCUUAUUGAAAUCGAGGAGAAGCGUCAGGAAGGAGCUUACAGUAAAGACACGAUCUGCGUAGGCAUGGCACGUCUCGGCCAGAAGGACCAGACCAUCAUCGCCGGCACCAUGGAGGAGCUGCUGACCGCCGACUUUGGCGCUCCGCUGCACUGUCUGGCCAUUACGGGAGAGGUGCACCCGCUCGAAGAGGAGAUGCUCAAGCAGUUCUACAUCAAGAAAUAGACAUCGACGACGAGUUUUAGCGCCGCUUUUCCCUUGAUACAUGAAUGCAUAUGCUCGUUAGAUGCUCACUCUUGCUCUGGUUCUCGAGUGCUCAAUUACCUCCAGUCAGGUCGUGGAUAGUGUCGAGGUGCAGCAAAUGAAUUGAGUUACCCAUCCUCCUGAUACACUCAACAGUAGACGAAUCUGUAGACGAAAUCGUCUCUUUAGUGAUCCUUGCUACUGAUGUACUGGCGCAUUGUAAGUGGUUGUAGUCUGCUCACGGCGCAAUAGCUGUUAAUAAAAACUUUUGCGAAAGGCAUACCAUUCGCACAACCAAA